AUGCCUGAAGUACAGCUUAAUGACGCCCAGAUUGAAAUACUCAAUGCACAUUUGGAAGAGUUCUGGGGUGCAAAUUCUCUACAAUGGGAACGUACACUUGAUGAUACCUGGGAUGAAGUCAGGGAAAAUUUGGGAGGACAUGUACUAACCAACAUCAAGGAUUUAACUGACAUGAAGGAGGAACCGCCUACUCCACCGCCCCAGCCGCCCAAAAGAAAGUGGAUCUCACAAGGUCUUGCAACAUCUGGCAGGGCACACAACCUGGCUGUAUUGAAAGAAGUCAGAAACAAAGGUAAAGCGAGAACCAAUGGUCAAGAAGAUGAUGACAGAUCCCAUACGCAAAAGGAGGACAGCCAAUGUUACCUCAGCAUGGCGAUGUAUUGGAGGGAGCAACUCAACCGCACAAAUUUUCACCACAACCGAAUUACAAAGAGGAAACAAAGGAGAAGAGCAACAGAUAAGGACAAACAAUUUGUAUCUUUGCCAUCCCGCAAUUCAGCGCUGCCUACCUCCCACAAACACAACCAACAACUGGUUAGCAUAGACCAAAUACCCCGUGGUUCAUUGAUGAUGCACCAAUUAUUACAGAUGUUUCCAAAUCCUUUGUCUACGUCAAGUAUUGGUCCCGUUGCAUCAGGAGGAAGAAAUAAAGAUAAUAGUCUGGUAGAGACAAGUUCCACUUUUUGCAAUGCUCGCCCACCAACCGUGGACAUAGAUGGCACAAUUAUUCCUGUAGCACCAGCACCAAUUAACGCAACCAGCUUGCUAUCUAAUGUAAUUAGUGGCGCAGUAAACCACUUAGUACAUCAAUUCAGGCCUCAGUCAGCGCCUAGUCAGCCUAUAGGACAGGCAAUCACACUUGAUAAACAAACCAAAAGGCCUACAAGCAUAGCUUUACCAUUGGUGGUACAUCUGCAUUAUUAA